GGUGAUUCAGAUAUGUAUCAUAGAUGGCAUAGGUUGGAAGGGACCUUAAAGAUCAUCUGGUUCCAAAGCUUCCUGCAGAAGGAUUGCCACCUGCUAAAUCAGGCCCAGAGCCCCAUCUGCUCCGGCCUUCAAUGCCUCCAGGGUUGGGGCAUCCACAGCUUCUCUGGAAAACUCAUUCCGGUGCCUCACCACCACACCUCUGAGUAAUGAAUUUCUUCCUAACGUUUAAACUAAAUUUCCUCUCCUCUAGUUUGAAGCCCUUCCCAGUAAUCCCUCUGCCUAUAAGGCCAUGUAAAAAGUCGGUUCCCCUCCUGCUUAUAAGCUCCCCUCAAGUACUGGAAGGCUACAGUGAGGUCUCCCCAGAGCCUUCCCUUCUCCAAGCUAAACAAGCCCAGAACUGUACUGUACUGUUUUUUAAUCCUGGUUGAAAACAGAUUUCAAUUCUGUGUGUUUUAGUCCAUGUUUAGAAGUUACUAUGUGCCUUUUUUGAGGUGGAGAAUGUGAGCUUAAAACAGUCCUGAUGACAUGUUUCUGGCUUCUGUCUUCUGCUUGCUUCAGUUCUGUACUUCCUCAUUUUUAUUUGUAAACCUUCUGGUUUGAGUUCUCAACAGCAGGUAACUUUUUCUCACUCUGUGAUUAGAUACUGGGAAAUAGCUUCCUAUUUAAAGCAGCCUGAAGAAGCAGUAGGGCUUCAAAGAUCAACUGAUUUUGAAGGGUGUGUCUUUGCAGUUCAGGUUGUUAGCUAAGUUUGAACUGUAGAUGUCAGUAGGAAUUCCAGCCUAAGUAAUGAAUGAUCUUCUGUACCACUUGGAUCAAGCACUCCAGAAAAUAUGAGAGAGAUCACUUGCGAAGGAGUUCCAUUUCUUGCUUAAAUUAAUACAGAUAUUUGGGUGUAACAGGUUUCCAAUGCUUCUCUUGUGCUUUCCUUAGUCUUCCAUUUUACUAUGCAUGCUUCCCUGUUUUGCCUUGUUUUUUUUGUCCAGCCUUUUUCAUGGCUGUAAUCUCUCCAACUGCAAAUGCUCUUGGCUGUACCUAGGUUUUGUUGUCUCUCUUUGGCAGCUUUUUUGUCCUGUUAUAUGUGUGUUGUUCUUCUUUAAUUUCACAUCCUGUUGAUGUGCUGGCUGAGAGCAUUAGGAAUGAGGAGUGUGUCUUGACUUGUACCUAAGUAUAUGCGCAGCAUAAGAACAGCAGCUGAAUUAAAGGCUGUUUGGAUGAUCUGUAAGAAGGAGGCAUUGCUGGGGUGGAGUGCGUUUUCAGUGAAUCUUUAGAGAGGAAUUUCAACGAGGUGCUGCAAUGCAAAGUGAGGUUUAUCAAAGAUUUAAGCAUGUUCUUGCAAUGUGGCAACAAAGUGAUUUCCCAUCCCGUGCAGAUAUUAUGCUUUUAUGAAGCUCUAGUUUCAGUGCUUCUUGAGUAUAUGAGUUAGCCAAACUGUUCAGAGGUUUCUAGGCCUUUCAUUACAGGGAGCUCCCAGAGUUUUUGCUGUCUCUAAAAACAAGUUUUUACUGAAUACAAGAUGUGGAAUGCUAGAUUUAUUAGAAUACCCAGCAGUUAAGUAGGGACUGAUCCUUGCUUUGCACAAGCUGGUACUGGAGAUUUUUAGUUAUUGAUUGAUUUAUUUUUCAGUUUUACUUUUUCACCGAUUUUCUGUCCAAUCUGAAGAGUAGUAAAUUAAGACUGUAUUCUUUCUCCUCUUAAAAGAACCCUAUAUUCAUUAACUAUGCUACUGCCAGUGAUAAUGAUGUUUUUCUCUUUGGAAUAAGCCAACCAGUUAAAACUGCUUAAAUGAGCGUGAAUAACAUCAAGCAAAUUAAAAAAGAGUAAAAUUAAGAAAAGAUAAUUUUAAAAGUGAGAACUUUGUGGUACCUUUUAGAAACUAGCAUUUAUUUGACAAAAUAAUUCUUUCAACAGCUUAGAAGGUCACAUUUACUCAAACCCAAGUGUGAAGACUUAAAUUAAAAUAGAUGCCAGUGGACUGACCAAGAGAAAUGAUGGUAUAAGAAACAAGUGGAGGGAUUUGAGAAUCGCUGUGUACAACUUCAGAUUCCAUCUGAAAAACUGAAGCUUUAGUUUCAUUGAUGUUUCCUGGACGAAGGUAUGCUUUUGAGAGGGAGGGCAGUUAGCAAUUAAGUGUAUGAUACCACACAGUAUGUGACGGGAAGAUGGAAGAAAAGGAAGGCUUAGGGACAUAGAUGUAAAAGAAAAUGUGUUCCAAAUCUGUUAAUAUUUUUUCAGUUUAUUGAUGUUUCCUAAUGCAAGUCCAUUCCUUGGAUUAUGGACCUCAUUUGCAUAAUCACUGAGUAACAGUGAUGCAAAUAUGCAGAUCUCUAGACUUCAGCAAUUAUUACCUCUGUGCUACAAUCUACUCCUGUUCUGUAGAUUUCUAGGUGUUUGUCAGCAACUAAGGUGGUAGCUUAUUCUAUUCACCUGAUGUAGAGAGAUGAAAAAACAAGGAUAUUUGUAAUUUUAAAAUGAUUUUAGAUUUUUUGUCAUCUAUUUUACAGUGAGAGUAUUCAGCGUCUCUAUCUUGAUGUAGUCUUCAGAUAGCAUUUGGGAUGAGGGAAAGGAGGAACUCUCCUGUAGUACAGGUGUGGUAGCUGGGAGCAAAGGAAAGUGAUGCAUCUGUAGAAUGGCUCUUUCUUCAGAGGUAGGAUAUUUGUAAAAGCUAGUACAAUAUAUUGAAAACCUGCUACAAAUUCCUUUUGCAUCAGUAAUGAAAAAUAUCUCUUCUAGUUAUGAAGAGUAAGUGCAGUAUUUGGAAACAGUAACUGUGUUGAAUUGUAACAAGGAAAAUAAAUUUUUGUUUGGAUUUCGGUUGGGGAGGCACUUAGUAAUUCACAGGCGUGUACGGGCAUCAGCAAAUGGAACUCUUACAAAUCCUCUUUAUUAAUAACAUGACAACAGGUAAGUUCCAGUGUUCGUCUUGUAUGUACUCACGGUGUUUGUAGACUUUGCUGUUGAUUACAGGCAAGCAUAAUAAGGUAUAUAUAUAUCAUAAUUCUGUCCAAAACAAAGAGCUGGAGAAUAGGGAAGGUGUCUAUGCACUGUACAAGGGCUGCUUUGAAAGCAGUGCCUCCUCUUUUUUUCUUUUGACCCACAAUGUCAGAGGCAGAUGUUGGUGGGACGGCAGUAGAGACUGAACCAUCCCACCAGUAUUCUGUUAGAUUUUGUUGCCAUGUAACAGGUGGCAGCAGAGGGGCACUCUGACCAAAUGACAUCUGAUGUGGAAGUGUGCAUAAAUCAAAGGUGUGGGAUUAAAUUCGUCCAUGUGGAAAAAAUUGCAGCCAUUGAUAUUCACUGAUGCUGAAUGUCAAUUGAGCACCUGUGGCGUACUUCCAGAGGUUGAAAACUUUUCUCCAUGAAGUAUGAUAAGAUUCCAUAUAUAUAAUAUAUACAUAUAUAUAAUAUAUAAAAAUAAAAUAAAUAAAAGCCUUAUAGGCAAUGCACUGAGCAGUGCAGAUCCUAGUCUCUGCUCUGAUAAAUAUUAUCUCAAAUCUACCCUUGAUUUGUAAGAACUGCGUUGUGCUUAUAAAGCUUUCCGUUAUGUUUAUUGUAGUCUUUACCUCUGGCUCUGCUUUUCAUUUGCUGUUGAUUUUUGAAGAGCUAUGACAUGGAGCUAAAAUGCUUUUGAAGGAUCCAAAGAAACUUGGGCAGCUGACUUCAUAGGAUUAUUGUAAGUUAAUUAUCAAUAAAAGCAAGACAGAACGUAUCUUGAGUCAGUAACUUAAUACAUAAGAAACCCAGCUUUUGACCUCAUCCUGUCUUUAAAGGAAUAUGAUAGUUGAGUAAGUUAGUUACAGUGCUAGUAUGACAUUCUAACAAACAUACUGGGGAAAAUUUUUGAAUAAUUGCUUUUAAAUUAGAACAAUAAUAUCAGUAGAAUUUCAUGGGGACAGUCCUGAAGAAACAGAUACCUCUUAUAUUCGAACCCCAGUUAUUUAAAUUCCUUUUGUGCCAGACAUUCUUCAGACUUUUAACAGAGCACAGCAACUUUGAAUAAUUGAUAGCUGAUGCUGAUAAGCAUCAAAAGAGCAGACAUUCUCCAAAUUUUUGUGGGUUUUUAGUAAAUAAAAGAGAAUGUACUACUUCAAAAGUAUUUGCAGUUCACUCAGAGUAGAUUUGACAUCCUGUAGUAUAGCUGAAAUCCACAUGAAGUUUGAUAGAUGUGUUGCAAAUGAUGAAAUACCACAGUCAAUUGUUGUUUCAGUUAUUAUCCACAAGGUGGGGGAAUAGAUCUUUAUGUUCUGCUGCUGUUGUCUUUUAGCUUUCUUGCCCACACUCCUCCCAUCUGGAUACUGUGCUGUUGAAAUCACCUUGUCAAUAUGUUCAAUACAGAGCAUGGAGCUAUAUGUCAGAGGCUGUCAGAAAAUUUUACCAACUGUAGAUCCAAGCCUGAAGUUAUAGAAGUAUUGGGAAAAAAAGAGUAUAGGGAACAUUCAUAUAUGAAUUCUUACUUGCAAAUACAAUGUUUGUUGUAGAAUUGAUGGUGAUUUCCACAUGUAAGAAUUUCUUUAGAGACUAGUGCUUUAGAGUAAAACCUUUGUGUAGUUUUUAUUCAAGGGUUCGUUCUCCUAAUGCUACUGUUGAAUUGCAGAAAUUCAUCUGAAGGUGGCUGUAUAACAGACUGUCAUAUAAGGUAUGUACUGCUUUUCUUCUGUGUAUCUAAUAAAUUCAGAGAGAUCAAAGGCAGCCCAGGAAGCCAUCUCAAAACUGUUUAACAGGAUUUGAUUUUUCUUUGCACGGUUCAUCUAAAGCUAAAUCUAGUUUUUCUAAAUGGAAGAGCUUGUUCUGUGAUAGAUAUCAUACCUAUUUCAAAUAGUGCUUAAAAACUACCUAAGACUAAUAGUUGCAAACAGGGAAAAUGAAGAAGUAAGUAGUACUAUUCUGUAUUUGGGUCAUGAUCAUCUCCUCUUAUUAUAGAUGUCCAAUAUGAGCUACUGCUCAAGAGAACUAGUCUUCACUCAGCUUCUGUAGUUCAGCUAUAGGAGCCAUUCUUAUACUUGAGAGCAUCCAGGAGAGUGCAGAAUAGUGUUAGUGUUCGUCUACCGCAUGCAAGAAGUGAAGAUCCAUUAGCCUAUUUGCUCUUCGUCUGUCCCUAUUGUUAGUUGCAAGUGUCCUUUUCUUUGUCUGCCUUUAGGAUCCUUUUCUUUUUCUACUUUCUAGAGUUUCCCCUGCUACUUCUACAGAACAAGACACCCAGAACAGGAAAUAGGUAUGCAUACAGCAGGUACCUGUAUGAACCUCUGAAUUGUUCAUCAACAAGACUGACAGACUGACAGUUCUGACCAGCUUGGCAAGUGCUGUGCAUAAGCUUGUGACUUGUGCUGCUGCUGGAACAUGGGAGGGCCACUUAUCUGAACAUUUUCUAGGAUAAGUUCUACCUGAAGUUGAUUAUACCAAGUGCAAGAGAUUUCCUCUGUAGCAUGUCUAGUUAAAGAUGGAAAUUCUAACUGUGAACCAGCAUAUCCCACUUCUGUGAGCAGGUUUAUCCUGGAAUGCUGAAGACUUGUGUAUGAUACAUGUAGCUGAAACUUCGGGACCUCCAAGUCAACUAAUGCAAGACUCUACUUUUACGAUAAAAGACUGAAUAUCAACAAUGCAAGGGGUAAUCUGAUUUGUGGAUGCGAUCCUGGAGCAAGUAUGACAUGAGUUGCGCUGGAAACAGAAGAUAGAGGGAGUGUAGGAGCUCGCCAUCUCCAAGCGAUCUACAUUGGGAAAAACAUGGAGUCCGCUCCGGCAGCCCCCGAUCCAGCAGCCAGUGAGCCGGGCAGCAGCGGCUCCGAGGCGGCCGCCGGCGCCAGGGACACCCCGGUGAACCUGGAGCCCGCCCGGAAAGGCGAUGCGCCGGCUCCGGUCCGCAGGCAGAGCUACUCCAGCGGCGGCGGCAGAGGUAUUUCUGUAACAAAGAAGACACAUACAUCUCAAAUUGAAAUUAUUCCAUGCAAGAUCUGUGGAGACAAAUCAUCAGGAAUCCAUUAUGGUGUCAUUACAUGUGAAGGCUGCAAGGGCUUUUUCAGAAGGAGUCAGCAAAGCAAUGCUACGUACUCCUGUCCUCGUCAGAAGAACUGUUUGAUUGACCGAACCAGUAGAAACCGCUGCCAGCACUGUCGAUUACAGAAAUGCCUUGCUGUGGGGAUGUCUCGAGAUGCUGUAAAGUUUGGUCGAAUGUCAAAAAAGCAGAGGGACAGCCUGUAUGCAGAGGUGCAGAAACAUCGAAUGCAGCAGCAGCAGCGAGAUCAUCAGCAGCAGCCAGGAGAGGCAGAACCACUAACACCAACGUACAAUAUCACCACCAAUGGGUUAACAGAGCUACAUGAUGACCUCAGUAAUUACAUUGAUGGGCAUACCCCUGAAGGUAGCAAAGCAGACUCUGCAGUUAGCAGCUUCUACUUAGACAUACAACCUUCUCCAGAUCAGUCGGGUCUUGAUAUUAAUGGAAUCAAACCAGAACCAAUAUGUGACUACACACCAGCAUCGGGCUUCUUCCCUUAUUGUUCUUUUACAAAUGGGGAGACCUCUCCAACUGUGUCCAUGGCAGAAUUAGAACAUCUUGCACAGAAUAUUUCCAAGUCUCACAUGGAAACUUGCCAGUACUUGAGAGAGGAGCUACAGCAGAUAACAUGGCAGACUUUUCUGCAGGAAGAAAUUGAGAACUAUCAGAACAAGCAAAGGGAGGUAAUGUGGCAAUUAUGCGCAGUCAAAAUAACAGAAGCUAUACAGUAUGUAGUGGAAUUUGCCAAACGCAUUGAUGGCUUUAUGGAACUGUGUCAAAAUGAUCAAAUUGUGCUUUUAAAAGCAGGGUCUUUAGAGGUUGUGUUCAUCAGAAUGUGCCGUGCCUUUGACUCCCAGAACAACACAGUCUACUUUGAUGGCAAGUAUGCUAGCCCAGAGGUUUUCAAGUCCUUAGGUUGUGAAGACUUCAUUAGUUUUGUGUUUGAAUUUGGAAAAAGCUUAUGUUCUAUGCACCUGACAGAAGAUGAGAUAGCUUUGUUUUCUGCGUUUGUUUUAAUGUCUGCAGAUCGUUCAUGGCUUCAGGAGAAGGUAAAAAUUGAAAAACUCCAGCAGAAGAUCCAGCUAGCACUUCAGCACGUCCUACAGAAGAACCACCGAGAAGAUGGAAUUCUAACAAAGUUAAUAUGCAAAGUGUCUACUUUAAGAGCACUGUGUGGACGACAUACAGAAAAGCUUAUCGCAUUUAAAGCAAUAUACCCAGACAUUGUACGACUUCAUUUUCCUCCACUUUACAAGGAGCUGUUCACUUCAGAAUUUGAGCCAGCAAUGCAAAUUGAUGGGUAAACGUAUCACCUAAGCACUUCUAGAAUGUCUGAAGUACAAACAUUAAAACAAAAGAAAGGAAAAGAAAAAAAAGAGAAAAAAAAGUAAAGAAAACCAAGACACUUUAUAUGGCCCUGCACAGACCUAGGGAGCCAACACACUGCACAUCUCUUGGCGGUCCGGGUCAGGCGAAGGAUGGGAAACAAUGAAACAAAGUUGAACUUGUUUUUCUCAUGCAUAUGAUUUCCAUUUUGCCUACAAAUAUGGACCCUUUUUCUGUCUCAACUUCUCAAUCCUUGACCUCUGUUUACACAGACUGAGGGUACUAGUAUCAGAAGGUUGUUUUCUCUCGUAGUUCACUGCCCCGACUUCUGACAGAACAAUCAAUUUGUUGAUCAGAACCAGAGAGUCCACCUAGUAAUCAGCGACUGGUGUGCAUUGCAGAGAUUUAAGCAUCAGUUUGCACAACUUGCUCAUUGUUUCAUGAAGGACUAUUUUUUUCACCUACCACUGUUUGCCAGUAGACAGAACGGCAUGAAAAGGGUCCAUAGCAAUAGCAACAAUAGCAUUAUAAUAUAUUACAGGGUAAAUGGGCAUGAAGACUAUAUAUAGCAAAAGAAAUAUUGUUUAUAUAUUGUUUUAAUUAAUAUAAAAUGUAGUUACUGGUAUAGCUUUUCUUGUUGAAUUGAUAAGGCACUUUCAUUUUGCACCUUUUUCUUUAAAUUAAAUGCUAGCGUGUUCAUUGUUGUGUUGCAUGUGCACCAGAAAUUCAAGUUUAACUGAAAAAGGUUUUUGGCAGGUACUGGUACAUUGGGAGGUAUUUAUGCUGCUGUUUUCCAUGUUACUUUUAAGGAGAGGCUGGUCAUAUCCUGAAAUGGUUACACAGAUUUUAAAAGAUAAUAAUAAUGGAAAACUUCUAAAUUAAAAUCAGCUUUUCAACUGUUAAUUUAGCAAGCAUUUUUCCUUUCAAAUCUUUCAAAUCUGGAUGUUUAAAGUUACAUACCUAGAUUCAGAUUUAGGCACAGCAAAAGCCUCAUUUUCAAAGCUGCUGAGUUUCCGUGGUCAAACUAAGCAAUUACAGAUCUCUGACAGAAAGAAUAAUGUAUCAUCCUUGAAAAUCAGGCUAUUAAAUAAAGUGUACAUCUACCCACCAUAACUCCAGGUUUGAAGGUAUUUACUCAAGUCUGUAUCUACAGUAAAAGUAUGUGUAUGACAUGUAUGUGGAAAACCAAUUUUUAUACAUGACAUUACAUACUUCUGUACUCUAUAUUGUAAACAAUGCAUUCAAAGUUUCAAACUUUAUCCUAUCAAAAUUCAUAGGUUUGGUUUUGUUUUAGGUGAGAUUAGACAAUGACCCAUGUUCUUCAAACAUCCAGCAGUUCAAUUUAAAGUAGCUGAACAGAAUGCUGACCAUUGCUCUCAUUAUUUAAAUACAUGCACUUUAAAGUUUAUCAGAUGAGGACAGACUAAUAUAAAGUACCAUUCCCUGUAGGGUACUGUCUCUGAGUAAAUUUAGCAAGAUUAGAAAUUAAACCUAGCUCUGAAGGGAACAGAUCCACAGUGAAAAAUAUCACAAAAUAAACUGUGAUUGUUUGAGCCAGAGGUUUGUAACUGCUUUGGAUGAGAUGAGGAAAUCCAACCAGAUGCCUUGUAGGCCUGUGCCUGCAAGUUUCUGAUGAAAUAUGUUGCAAGGAAAAGAAAACUUAUGAGGAGAAAAAAAAAGAAAGAAUGUGCUCCACUGCUUUAAUUUCCAAAAAUAAUAAAUCUCUUACACAUAGUCAUUGAUAAGUAACAUUGAAUCGAACGGAAGCACACUGAAAACUUAACUAUUUUAAAAGUAGAAUUAGGCCAGUAGGUUAUUACAAGCAAAACAGAGGUUUUAUUCUAUGAUUUGGAAAUGUUACCUUUGGGGUCAAAUUGAGCCACUGAGCCACAAGAUCUAUUAAAGUGUUUCAUCAGGGAAGCUUAUAGAUAGGGCUUUGGCUCUCAUCCGUUUAUAUGGUUUGACAGUGAGGAGAUGAGCAUGGCAUCUCUACCCUUCAAAGCAGUGUGGCCCUGGAGAAUGGCACAGGAACACCUGCACCUCUGUGAGCAGCUGGAUGGAGCCAGUGGGCUUUUGGAAGGAGUCCAGAGAGGCACCUCAUGCUGCUCCAUCCUGCCUGCUCCAAGGAGGCAGCUCCCAGCCCGGCACUCUGCGCUCUCACUCUUACACUUUUCCUAGAAUCAUUGUUUACUUUAUUGGAGUAGCUGGCAUGAUACGGUACUUUGAUUCCAAUAUGUGUUCCUAUUUUUAAAGCAACCUUUUUAACAAACAGGUGUUUUCUGAAUAUGACCAGCCUUAGGUGCUAGUCCUUUAAAGAUCAACUAAACUUAAUUUCAGUGUCAACUAAUGAGUAAUGAGGUAAGAUUCGUACUUUUUUAGAGAGUAAGGUACAGCUCCUACUUUUGACAAUAAGUAGACUACCAGGCAAAAUACUUCAGGGUUAAUUUUCAGUCACAUCCUUUACUUAUCUAUUCCUGAUUAAUAUUAGUGCUUUAGCAGCCCUGUAGAUACCAGAGGUUUUGUUGGGUAUCUAAUUCAGAGUAUUUACACCCAUAAGUCAUUGACAACACAGAAUUUUGGAGUAUUUAAUAAUAAAAUACAUAAUUUUAGAGAGGUUCCACAUGGGGCCUUAGUUGAAAGCCUGCUGUAUCCAGAAUUGGCUUGUGACAUGAUCUUCCAUUCCAGGCUGUGCAGCACCUACGUGCUGUCAUUUUUGUCAAGGGGAGCUCCUGUGUACUACUAGCACCUUUCAAAAUCAGGCUGUGUGUACAUACCCCAGUAGGUCUGCCUUCCUGAACACAGCUAGCAGCCACUUGGCAACAGAGUAUUACUCAUUUUGUUUUGCUUGGCAUACAGAGGGGAAAAAGGGGAUACAGCAUGGCAGACAUACUGAAAAGACUGCAGUUGCCUAUGAGGCAAAGGGGAUGUAGAAUAGCCUCAGAGUGGCUGGUCAGAAUGGCUGCCAUGGAAGAACCUGGUGCAGCAGUGGAAAUGCACUCUGCAGAACCUCUGUGACUAUGGCCUGGUGUCAGACAAUCAAGAGAAUAUUCAGUUAGAAAAAAUGUAUUGGGAGUAAGUGGAUAUUCAAACAAGUAUUUUCAUGAUCUGUCCAGCUGACUACAAACAAAAAUGUGAGGAUAGCUGAAGAUAAAGUAGUGUAUUGCUUUAGAAUGAUUGUACGCUAAAGUCUGCAAAGAGAUUUUCAUUGGGUUUUCAUCUAUCCACAGAGAUGUUCCUGGGCUUUCUAGAAAAGAGGUAGUACAGUAUACUGUCAUUUGAACUACCCUAUUCUUCAACAUCUCUAACAUUGACUCUUUAAAAUGAUGGGAUUAGGAGAAAAGGGAGGCUGUUCUUAAGUUUGGUUGCUCUUUAUUAAAGCUUAUCUAUCUUAGUAUGGAUACCAAGAUAUCUGUGUGUGUAUGUGCACCUGUGUGUGUGAGAGAGAGUACCAUUGUGUGUGCACAUGAAUAUAUGCGUGGGUGUGUGUGAGUGGCUGCUUCUAGGCUGGUAAGUGUCAAUGGAAAAAAAAGAAAAUGUAUUCAAAAUACUUACGUAAAAAAUAGAAGGUGGAAAAAAGAUUUAUUCUAUACAAAGCCUUGUCUGGACCACUUUAGAGAGACUUCUAUUUUUUUAACCCUUCUAUAAAUAUUUGAUGGCACUUGAAAUAUUCCUGCAAUAAAAUGUGAUUUGUGUAAACAUUAAAAAAAAAAAGAUUUUGUAAUGUGAAACAAUGAAAGAAAGUAAUGUAAUUUUUCUAAAAAAAAAAAAAAAACAAAUGAACGAACUUUGUAUUAUUUUCUUGAUGGAAUUUGUCUAUUUGUCUUUGGAAAACUUUUUAUUUCAUUGAAUGUGCCAUAGUAGAGGUGUGUGUUUCUUUUUCUUUUUUCUUUUUUUUCAUUUUUUACAUUGUAGAUUUAAGGAAUAGCUGUGUUCCGACAUUCCAAAAUGCAAGAUGACAUAGCAGUCAUGAUUAAAAGGUUUGAUUAGUAAGCUUCAAUCAUUGUUGCUUUUUUUGCACAUGUUCUUCAUUCCUCUACAGUGCAAUAUGUACAUAGAGCACUUGCGGGUGUAACCUUGAUCCCUCAGGGAAAAAUACAUAUUUGUACAGGAUUUUUUUUUUGCUUUUUUUUUUUUUUUUUUUUUUUUUUUGGGUUUUUUUGGCUUUUUUUUUUGCUAAGGAAUGUCGAUUGAAUCACUUGUCUGUUGUUGAGGGGCAGCCAGAUAAUAAUCCUAAACCACUGUCACAAAACUUUGAUUGUUUAAUAAUUUUGUGCCCUUUUAUUAUUUAAAAAGAAAAAUAAAAGUUAUUUUCUGACAGUUCUUUGUGCUGAUUGGUGAAAAAAAGGGUAAAUAUAUAAGCACCUUAUGAUUGACUUAACUGUGAAUGACAAUCCAUCUCGUUAUCAACAACAGAAGCCCUAUCAUUUUGGAGCUGGGGUUAAGAGUCAGAAACUAAUGUGCUCAGGGAUCUUCUAAAACUCUUCAACAGGGUGGCCAGUACUACUGGUGGGACAAAUUAUUUAAAAAAAAAAAGAAAAAAAAAGAAAAAAAAUGCAAGUAUUUCUUCCUUUCCCUUUCCCCUCUCCCCAUAGGCACAAGAAAACCGGACAGAUUUCUUUUUUAGCUGAAGGCUCAAUGUGUGCCUCAUUCUGUGAUGCAGUCUUGCAGCAUAUCUGCUCAUUGGUCUUUAUUUUGUUAAAAAAAAAAUACUCCAAACGAUGCAAAGGUUUUGCAGUUGUACUUCAGAAAAGAAAUUAAUGCUGGCCCAUGAAUCGUUUACGACUGAAAUUUAAUUUAAAUAACCUCUGGAUGUUUUUAUAACCAUUGGAGUGUUUUUCCAAAUUAAUUUCAAUGUUUUGCAAUAGAAAAUUAGUUUUCAGUAUUUAAAUGAUUGUCAAACGAAACAAAGCAGUUUAAGAUAGUACAAUAUGAAUGGAAAGGCAAUGGUUAGAUUUUGGCAAUAACAUCACAAAGACUAUGAGAACAACAGUUCAGGCCUUGGCUCUCACUGUUGCUUAUGCUUAAUGGUAAAGCAAAAAAAAAAUGACUGGAAAGAAACAAAAAAGGCUGAAGUCAUUUUUGUAUCUCGUGCAUCAAUUGCAGCAAUUUAAAAUGAUCACAACAGUCGCAAAAAACAGCGACGUCUAGUAAGUCUCUAAGUGCCAAACUGUGUGAUUCUGGGAGCCUGUCACAAUUAGUCUUGUUCUGUGGCUUCACAUUCUUUUGAAAAUUCAAGUAGGGUAAAUAAGCAACUGUGUACAAAAAAGUAAGCAAGAUUACAAGACUUCGGUUAGAUCAGGAAGAGUGAAAUUCUCCGUCAAACGAGGGUUUUUUCUUGCAAAAAGUAUCAGUUCUCCAGUAUCUUAGGUUGAGUUUUUGGAUUUUUUUGCACUGGAUUUGUGGCGUCCAGUUGUUUACUUUAUGUUGCUAAUAAUUAGGGAAACCUUUCUUAAUAUUUUCCAAGCUGACACUCUAGCUUAGCUUGGAAUGGCCUUCUAAGGCAGACAUUGCUUAGCAUCUAUGACUCUUGAUUAGUUGGUGUCCUGGCAUCAUCACUACAAGAAAAUCCCUGCUACUACUGAUUCCCAGUAGAAACUAUCCUUCACAUACUCAAUGAAACAUACUGUUAAUACGUGCAAUCUACAGAUAACUUUGUAGUGGGGUGAUCCAAACAUGACAGUAUCUUCUUUUGGGCUCUAAGGAUUGACACAGACAUUCCCCAAUCUGUACCUGAUGAACAAACAGGUUGCCAGUACAAGCUGUGUAAACAGCGUAUGACUUUUUCCUGCAAAUUCUUGAAGUCCCCAUGUAGAUAAAUUUAUUAAUACAAAUGUCAGAAACAGCACUUACUAUCCAAUAUCCCAAAAUAAGAAGCAAUUUGCUCUUAGUAUUUAGCAUCUGAAAUUCUACCUACACUAGCUGAUUUAGACUGCAAAGAGGAAGCAUCUUUAUUUAUUUUCCUUAGCUGGAGAUAAGUAACUACUCAAAAUAAAUCUUCAUUAUUAAUACUAAUAUUACUCUAAAAGUUGCAUUCCAUGAAUAUAUUUGAAUUUUAUCCUGCUAUUUUCUUUUUGCUUAAAUAUUCCUGUCAGUAAAUCAUUUGGUGGAAAUGAGGGCAAAUGCAUAAGGAUACCAAAUACAAAAAAAAAAAAAGUUUAAAAAUGAGUAUUUGUUAAAAAAUGGUUGCAGUAUGUGCUUUAAUCCUAGUACUGUGUUAAUAGCUCACUAAACAAUGCUAAGUCACUGGACUUGAGGGGAAUAUCUAACAUACAGGUUAAUAUACUGUCUGUUUUUGGAACUUUAUUCAGGUACUAAAUAGAACUUAAACAUCAAAAUAAAAGCUGUAUUCUACCUAUUUCAUACAUGAUGUUGCUGUUUGUCCUUUUUCUUCUUUUUUGCCUUUAUCAUUGGUAGAAUAUAGCAAUAACUUUAUAGCAAUAAGUAGGCUAUCCAAAUAAGAAAUAAAACAUGAUAAAGGCUUCAGAUCGAUAUCUGUAAGUUUUGUUCUGCCACAUACUCACUUUUUUUGUCUUCCCUCAUAAUCUCAUUACUUCUUCAAGCUGAACUUUACAAUCGAGUUAUUCAACUUGACAUGUGACACCACACCUUUUUGUUAACUCCUGCAUGUUUUCAGUGUUUAUAUGUCCUUUGUACACUUGUUUUCCUGUAAGUCAGUGUUUCUCAAGCUUUCUGAAAGCACAGUCCCUCGGGGCUAUAUUUUUUCAUAGGGCUCUAUGUGCUGGAACUAACGUACAUUGUUUUUCUGGGUUAGGCAGAGAGAACCAGCUGGAAUUACUGGCUGUCUUUUCUAACGAAGCAACUGAGCUGCUGCUGGCACUGAGCAGUAGUAACUCUACGGCUACUGCAGCAGCCAACUGCCAGCUCUCCCUGCUCCUCCUCGCUGGGGAGCAGAGCUGCACACAGUGAGCAGGACGAGCUCCCUGGCCAGCCUACUCGUCUGCCAUGGUGAACAGAGCUGCUACAAUUGACAUGGAACCGAGCUAUGUUUGCCUGACAUACGGCGCUUUGAUAAUAAUCUGAACGCUUUAGCAACUUUCAAAUGGUUGUGACUUUCAGUUUGAGAAACACUACCCUAAAUUACCCCACAGAGUCUUAAUGUAAAUGCAUCAACUUUACAGGAAUUUGCAAUCUGUAAUGCUAUCAUAUCUAAUGCAGAGAAUUCAUAAGCAAUACAGUGAAUUUUAUUUCACAAAAAGGCAUACGUACUGUACACUUUUCUAAAUCCAAAAUGUUCCUCAUUUCUACAUUGAUUUAGAAACAAGUUACAGAACAGUGGUGAAUAUUUGAAAUAUUAGGACAUUAACUGGCUGCUUCUAUAUAUGUAACUGUACUGUCUUGCCUGCUCCUUUUCUGGAGAUGUGUUUUUGUAUUGGACGUUUGGGCCAAUGGGAGGCUUCAAGCUACAAUGUAUUUUCCCAGUUUAAAUAUAUUUAACAUAUGACAAACCCCAGACAAGGCUUUUUAAAAUGUAUAAAGAACUGCAGUGUUAGGUGGUUUAUUUGCAAACUGUUUUCAAUGUUGUCCAUUUUUAUGGCACCUUUAACAAUAUUCUUGUUUCCAAAGUACAAAAAAGGUUAAAAAAUACUCUAGCCAUAACUGAAUGUCAAGCAAUAAAAACAAAUGACUUUUUGUGCAUAGAUUUAAAAGAAAUACAAGUUUUAGACAUCUGCAUGUAAAUGCAAUCUCUUGUUUACUGCUUUCUUAAACUUGAGCAACUGAUUCCUUAUUUUACUACUAAUUUAAGGACUUGUAAUGGCCUGUAAACAUUUUAUCUUGCUCUAUUCUUUCAACUCUAACUUCGUCUCUGCUUUGGAGUCAUAAUAUUUAAUGUUGUUCUGCUCACCUCUAUACAGUUAACUUUUUGCUUUCAUUCUGUAUAGAUAAAGUUAUACUAUAAACAGCCUACACAGUGCAAAUAUUUAUCUGUUUAUCAAAUACCACAUUAUGCUGUAUAAUAUCUGUUUUACUAUAUAAUCUAUUUUAGACAUAGCUGUUUAGAACUAGAGUGUGCUAUUUUUGUGUUUUUCUGAUGUGUGGUGCUAGAUAAGUUACUUUUGUGAACAAAAGCAAACAAAAACCCCUUUUAUUCCUAGACAAUACCACCUUUGGGUCUUGUUAAUUUCACUGAGUAUAACUAUAUAUAAAUAUAUAUAUAUUUGUAUAUAUAUAUAUAUACACCUACAUACGCCCAACAAGUACCUGUAUCAGCGUACAAGAUUUGGGACAUGGUUCUCUCUUUAAAUGCAUAGUGUCAUUAUAAUAAAUUAUUCUAUAGUAUAUUUAAUAAGGAGAAAAUUACUUCACCGGUACAGAUACUUGAUAUCAAAUGUAGAAUUUUUUUUCUACAUUAUUAACAUUAAUAAAAACGUUCUGUCCAGUUUGUUAUCUUUUCGGUUACUAAAGCAGUCUGCCUGUGUUGUAUCAGAAAAAACAAAAGCAUCAAAUCUACAAGAAUAAAUUAUUUACAACAUGCUGUCUGUCUGAAAGGGAGGUAGUUAUGUGGCCUGUUUGGAGAGUACUGUCUUGUCGUGGCAUCUGAUAUUUAUCGGUGUUGUUCUAAUGGGUGCCUUCCUCCCUCUUCACUUUAAAUAGGAUCUGCACACACUCAAACUGUGGAUGUCGCUAGGCCAUGCCUACACGCUUAACUCCGGUUAUUGUAAAUAGGAAUUUCCUGUAAAUCUUUCGUGACAGAUUGAUGGCUAAAUUCAGUCCUUGGGUAUGCUUUAUAAAUCAUGCAUACAUAUCUGAGGUCAGCCAUUAGCACCUGAAGUUAACUAAGAAGUGGAAUUUGCAACAUUUUGUCAGGUCUGGGGGUUUUGUUUUUAUUUUUCAUGUAUACCUUAAUUUACAUAGUCAUGUACCCUUAAAAUUAUUCCUGUCCCCUGUUCCUUUCAUUCUAGAUACCGUUUUCGUGUUAAUUCUUAAAAACUGAUGGAUAUCAAAUAUCUAACUAAGGAGGUAAUUAACCUUUUAAAUAUUUAUUAGAAUUUUUCUGUAAUAUUACUGAAUUUAUAAGAUCUUUAGCAAAGAUUUUUGAGCAAUUUAUUAAAUACAAUUGUUUCUGUUUACUGCACUUUUUGAUAAUAGAAGGUAGUGAAUUUUAAAGCCAUGAUUCUUGGCUUCCAUGCACUGCUUUUAUACCCUCAAUUCAAGGAAUAUAUAUAUAUAAAUAAUUUUUUUUAAACAGCAAACAUACUGUUGUCCUAAAAAUAAAAUACAAACUUUACUGCACCGUGGGUAUAUUUUCAUAAGUGGAAUGUUUAAUUGCAAACACUAUCAGGAUAAUUAUAAAAACCUCUUGAAGCUACAAUCUUAUUUAAAUAUAAGCCAUGACAAUUUUAUUUUCCCUUGUUGAUUUAAGUCACCUUUUGAUAUUUUAAAAAAGAAAAGGAGUCGCACUUAAAUUUGUAUGUACUAACUUAUACGUAAUGCUAGGAACAAGUUCUUCCUAUUGUUUUAAUUUUAAUAGUUUGAUAUAUUUAUGCAAAACCAUUUGGUUGACAUAUUUUCCCUGUUGACUAAAUGUUCAACGUAACAAAACCAGAAUAAAUACUGAUUUCAAAUAUAUGUCAGUUUGAGGAUUAAGCACAUAAACUUCAAAAACCUCGUUGAGUGAUAUGCUCAGAUUUCUGUAAAUACACACAACUUUAAAUGAAAUUAUACUGUACAUGUAAAUGUAUGCUGUCUGUUAUGUGUACAGUACGUACAAAUUCCUUUUCUAGCCACCAUAAAAUGUAAGCCAUCAAGAGGAAUACUAAAGUGGUAUUGUACUAAACCUUUGCUAAUGAUCUUUACCCAGUCACUUAACUUUUCACUUUCAUGGACCUUUCCAACUCACUCUUAUGAUAGCCUGCUUAUAUUCAAGUUUGUUAUUUUACUCAGUCCCGAUAAAAAAGUAUUUUGAUUCAUUUUGUAAAUAUGACUGUAAAAAUAAGAGAUUUAAUGUUGUCUUUUAAAUACUCCAAUUUUCAUUCUAAUAUGAAUGUUGUUAUAUUGUACUUAGAAACUGUACCUUUAAUAUUACAUUACCUUUAUUAAGUGCAUUGAACACAUCGAUUUUAGAUGUGCUUUAUGUACUGUUAUCCUGUAAUAAAACUUCAGCUUCUAAUGGAAAAA